AUGUUGGGCAAGAAAAUAGGAUUCGUCAAGAGACUGGGAAACAAGAUUAAGAUAAGGACUUGCACCAGUCAUGGUUCUGAGCCAUUACAUUACGAGUGUCUGUUAAGCAGUGAUCAUGGCGACAACAAACAAGAGCAUCAAUCAAGCGUGAGUACUCCCAGAGGAUGUAUUGCAUUAUACGUUGGAGAGGAGAGACGACGGUUUGUGGUUCACACAGCUCAUCUUUCUCACCCUCUCUUCCAGAUAUUAUUAGAGAAGACUGCUGAAGAAUUUGGGUUCGUUCAGAAAGACAAGCUGGUGAUUCCGUGCACCAUUGAUGUUUUCCGAGAGGUCGUGAGGGCUGUGAAAUGCAACAAUGGCAAGUUCGAUUUAAGAUAUUUGGUUGAAGAAAUCAAUUACAGCGCUACUUGA